AUGGUUGAUUACAACGAGCGCAUCAAGUUCAUUCGUCAGAUAAAUACGACAUCACAGGCGGAUAUUUUCAUCGGAAUGCAUGGCGCCGGCUUGACGCAUUUGCUAUUCUUGCCGGAUUGGGCGGCGGUGUUUGAGGUUUACAACUGCGGUGACAAGUAUUGCUAUUGGGACCUGGCUCGUUUACGAGGUGUCAAAUAUUUCACGUGGCCUGAGUCAAAGAAUCAUCUAAUCCGACCUGAAAAAGAGGGAAAACAUCCAGCAAAUGGUCAGAAGCAUGAGAAAUUCGCCAAUUAUUUCGUCGACGUCGACGAAUUUGUGCGAAUCGUUCAAAAGAUGGUUGAGCACGUUCGCCGACAUCCGAAAUUUGUGGCGGCUCGGCGAGUAAUUCGCCGAAAAUUGAUGAAAUCGCGAACCGAACUAUAA